AUGAGUGCAAGGACAGCCGAGAAUUUGGCGCUUGCCUCCAUACCACACUGCACCUUCAACGGGACUGUCCGAACCAAUGGCACCUGCAUCGAGCAGAUGGAUCAGCUAUUCCAAUCCUUCUCCUCCACCGCCGUGCUCUUCGUGGUCAUUGCACUGAUAAUUGGAAUCAUAUUUCUUUCGAUGGUCACUUUUCACUUCCACAAAUGUAAGAUGAAAAGGAGAAAGAUACAACGGGCGCAGGAGGAGUACGAGCGCGACAACAGCUCCAAGACCAUCAAAGGCAAGACGGUGGUCAGGCAAUGUAUCGUGGUGAGCCCGGGGAAACGGCCACCCGCCGCAGACCAGAGGAGCCAGUCAAACACACCGUCUCAGGAGUCCAGUGUCGUUGCACCCAUCCCGACGAACGAGUCAAGAGACAACACACGACAAACGGACCAGGCAAAUGGGCAGAACUUGUUGGAAUCUGUGGCAGUGUCUUCUUGA